AUGCAUCCCCCAACACUCCUCACGACUCUAGCCACCCUUGGCCUCACGACCCUCGCCUCUGCCGCUGCCCUCGGAACGACCACUUCUGCGUCCACGGAUUCCCACACAUCCAGUACCUGUUCCUCCUCCUCCGCCGCCACCUCCAUGUCCGUAUCCGACUCGACCGGCCCUCAGAGCAUCAAAGAGUACAUCCACGCUCUACAGGCCAAGCACGCCGCGGCAAACAACAGAAGCAGCAACAGCAACAACACGACCAUGCCAUUCGGUGCUGCAUCAACGAAGCAUGUCUCAGGGAUGAAGGCUUUCGAAGUGCCCCAUUGCUGUCUGGACGGGUGCGAUUGGUGCUCGACAAAGAUUUGUGGACCAGGACAGUUUUGUAGUGAUUGGCCGUACAUGUCGUGCUGUGCAAGCAUUAUCCUCUGGGAUACGGAAAAAGACGAAAUGUUGGAUGUGUUUACUACGGAGGGGCUGACGGUUAACAUGGUGUACGACUGA